AUGGAGAAGUCAAGCAUAGGACCGCACGGCAACGUCUAUCUUGACGACUACCAAGAUGUUGACGCAAACACAGAACUCCUCCCAUUCAAAAAGGACCCUGGCAAAUUCCUGACCUUCAACGACUGUCGCAACACCACCGUCCUAGGAUACGCCUACCCGGAAACACGGCGUUGGAAGUUCGCAUCAGACCAAGCCUAUCAGGCAGAUGUCACAGCGAGCAUUGCAAGGAUGUACAGUGGACGCGCCCGCGCACAGAGCAAAGUUACAGUCAUGAGUACCAAGCCAACGCCAUUCGGAGAAACACUCGAGGGCAACAAUGGCACAUACACGGAUUGGACUAUCGAGACACAAGCGAUCGCUUCCAGGCUUCCACCAUCGUUCAUCGUCAAGUACUCGCUCGGCGGCAUGUUCAACUCCGAUCCAGUUGUCGACGUGGGAAGCUGGAUGAUGCUGAUGCCAGAGCGACUCGACGACGUGCACACCGAGAAAGACCCCUCAAUACCGGAGAAGUUGAUGAACGGUACAACAAGUAUCACACCUUAUCUCAUCGAGCAAAUCGAGAAUAAGAGCUUGAAGAGCCUGGAGCCCAGCAACGUGGUGCCUUUCUUGACCGAGAAGUUGACCUGGAAUGUCUAUGAUCAAAAUGGUGAACGUGUAAAGUUCCCAGACCAAAAGACACUCUCAGUCAAGGUAUUCAGCACCAGCGCGCGCGUGCCACACAACGACGAAGAACCGAUCGAAUACGACGAUGGAAGCACGGCUUAUCCCGAGAUCACGGCAGGUAAACAUGGUGGUGACAAGAUGGGUCCCCCGGGAAUGAUGCCUCCAAGAUUCUAG